ACUAUCAGAGAAGAACCAAAACAACAGUAGGAGAAACAACACGUGAGAAAGUGAGUGAAUGCAUAGCUCUGAAGGGUAUGAGUGCCGCCACAUCCCGCGCCGCCCCAGGGGGCAUCAAGGUGGAUCUCAGUGGAAAAAAGGCCAAAAAAAUCCUGGCUCAGAAGUGGAACAAGAAGAAACGACCCAAAAAAACUGUAUUGGAGGGCCAGGAGAUUUCUCAGUUAGAAAUCAAAGUGAAGAGGAAACUCGAUGCCCAAUCUGUCCAGACCUUUUUGGACCUGCCCAUAUCUCGUUUGACCACCAAAGGCCUCAAGGAUUCGGGUUUCACCCGGCCCACCGCCAUUCAGACCCAAUCGCUCCUGUAUUCUUUGGGCGGGCAGGACGUUUUGGGUGCCUCCAAAACGGGUUCAGGCAAGACUUUGGCCUUUCUCAUCCCGCUCAUUGAGAAACUCUAUCGGCUCAAAUGGACGAAAAUGGAUGGAUUGGGCGCUUUGGUCAUCACACCCACCCGCGAAUUGGCCUAUCAAAUCUUUGAGCAAUUGCGCGAUGUGGGCCGACAUCACGAUUUCUCGGCCGGUUUGGUGAUUGGCGGCAAGGAUCUUCAUUUCGAAUCGCGGCGAAUGGGCGAGUGCAACAUUGUGAUUUGCACGCCUGGACGCCUUCUGCAACACAUGGACGAGAAUCCUCAAUUCGAUGCCAGUACUAUGAAGAUGUUGGUACUAGAUGAAGCUGAUCGUUGCUUGGAGAUGGGAUUUGCCGAUCAAAUGAACGCCAUAGUCAAUAACUUGCCUCUGGAUCGGCAAACCCUGCUAUUUUCCGCCACCCAAACCCGAUCCAUCAAAGAUUUGGCACGUUUGAGUCUGCAGAAUCCAGUGUUCGUCUCUGUGCAUGAGCACUCGGCCAAAGCCACGCCGGAUCAGCUUCAGGAAUAUUACAUUGUGUGUGAUUUGGCCCAAAAGAUGAGUAUGUUGUGGUCGUUUGUGAAGAACAACGCGCGGAAGAAGAUCCUGGUGUUUGUGCAAUGCUGUAAACAAGCCAAAUACUUCACGGAGCUCUUCCGAAGGCUCCGAUCACCCACCCAGAUCACGGCUUUGUACGGCACUUUGAAUCAAUUAAGACGCAUGGCCAUUUACAAAGAAUUCUGUGAAGCCGAGCGCGGGGUGCUCAUUGCCACUGAUAUCGCAGCUCGAGGCCUAGAUUUUCCUACGGUGGAUUGGGUACUUCAACUCGAUUGUCCAGAGGAUUGGAAAAUUUAUAACCACAGAGUGGGACGCACGGCUCGAAAUGCGGCCACUGGAUCAGCCCUACUCGUCCUCAUGCCUUCGGAAGAGGAAUCAAUGAUGAAGCAAUUGCGGGCCCAUAAAUUUACGAUUGUUAGGGAGGAGGUAAAUCCUCACAAACUGCUAAAUAUACAAAGGAAGAUUCAGGCCAAUUUGGCCAGCGACACCGAGUUGAAAGAGACGGCGAAAAGAGCUUUCCAGCACUACAUUAAGUCGAUUUACUUGAUGAAGGAUAAGACCGUGUUUGAUGUGUUUGCUUUGGAUGUGGACGCAUUUGCAGUCUCCCUGGGUUUGGCAGCAGCUCCGCGAAUCCCUUUCUUAGAGAAGCAUAUGCGGAUCCAGGCAGCCAAACGAAGGAAAGAGAAGCUCCAAGAAACUCAAACUGAAGAAUCUGUGGAUAAUAUUCCUCAAAGCAAAGAGAAAGAUAAAAUGCGUCUAAUGGACUCGUCUGAAGAUGAGGACGGCGAAGAUGUAAUUACCAUGAAACGAAAGGAUCACGCCAUUGGAAAUAAUGAUUCAGAGGAUGACGGACACGACCUUCUGCCCCUCUUGGGCCGAGGAUCGUCCAAGGUGGUGACAAAGGCUGCUGCCGUCAAGAAGGCGUUGAAGAAGAACAUCCAGUUGAAUCAAAAAGUCAAAUUUGAUGACGAUGGUGGGGCCCAUGAGGAUGAUCCAGCUAUUCAACCCAAAGCCUCCAAAGAGGGUCAAUUGUACGAAGGAAACGAGUCCUCGGAGAAACCAGGCGGUGGCAUUGAUAUUGAAAAGGCAAAAAUGGUCUUGAAAGCCGAGGACGCAUUCGAUCGAAAGACCGAACGCGCUAGAAUCAAGGAAGUACACAAGGAAAAGAAGAGGAAAGAAAAGGAAUUAAAGAACAAACGGAGGAAAGAGCAAGAGGGUGAGGCGGGCGAAGAUCAGGAUUCAGAAGAAGAAGACGAGGAUGUUGAAGACGAAGAGGAGGAAGAUGGUAAAGAGCCUAAUUUGGAUUGGUUGCCCGAUCCAGAUGAGAUCUACGGCAAGAAGAAAUCAGAGUCCAGUGAUUCCGAGGGCGAAGAGGAUUCCUCGUCCGAAGAUGAAAGUGGAUCCAAACGGAAAUGGAAGCCGCCGAAGAAGCCCAAAACUGAUCCUUCAAAGAGAGCCCGAGUGGACUGGGAAGAGAGCAGCGACGACGAAGAUCUCGAACAAUUACAUGAUAAUGAGGCUCUGGCUCUCCAACUCCUUGGUAAUUGAAUAAUAUGUAUUCCAACACGAAAAAAUAUAUGAGAAAAAGAACCAACCACUCAGAGUUUGAAUUUACUGGCCUUAGAGCUGGCCUUGUUCUUCUGCUUUUGCGACUCCUCCUUGGCCCGUUUAACCACGUUAUGGGUCUCCUCCUGCAAUUGAUUGAAGAAGGCCGACGAGGACUUAACCCCUUUGGCCUGACCCUUGUCUUUCAAACUUGUUAUUUCGCCCUUCUUCUCGGCCCUCUGCAGCUCCUUCUUCAUCUUCUCCUUGCUAUAUUUAUUCCCCAACCCAGGAUUGAGCUUGUUAACCAGCUUCUCGCGCUGUUCUUUGUCCUUGCGAAUGGCCCUUUGCUUGGUCUUCUUCUUCCUUCGCUCACGUUUCCGAUCCGUCUCUGUUUUCUCUGUGGCGUCCAAUUCCAGUUCUCUUUUGCCGCCCUUUUCAAGCAUUUCUUGUGGCGCUAAAAGAGCGGCGUCGCUAUGCGAAAUUGGCGCCACUUCUUCGAUGGCAAUCGCCGGAACGUUUUUGACGAUUUUCACGUCAGUGUUCACAUUUUGUGGUGUGUAGUGGAAGUGGGUCAGGGUGUUGAGUUUGGCAAAGAGUGCGUGCAUGCUAGCCUUGAUGGCUUCGACUUCCUUGGGAUCAUCUUCAUCCUCGCGAUCAAGCACGCCUGAGGUCUUAUCGGCGUUCUCGAGAUCAGACUUUUUCUUGAGAUAGUCUUGCUCAUAGACUUCGGCUAGACUGAGUUUGCUCUUCUCUUGAUCUAAAACCAGACGCUUCUUGUAUUCGUAAGGGUCUUCGACGGGUUUUAUUUUUCUCUCCACGUCGUCCCAGGCUUUAUCUUUGAUUCUGCGGAGAAUUAUAUCCUCUAAACGCUUGGACACGGCCUCGGUUAUGAUGGGAGCUUGCUUGGCUACGGUUUCGUAAUCCAGGUGUUCUUGGAGAAGGGAAUUUUCAGGCCGUGCAGGACCCGCGAUCUCGCCCUUCAAUUGCCAAGGUUUGUCGGUUGAAACCGCUUCAGCUUCAAGUUUCUUGGCUCGUCCUCGUUUAGGUCUCCUUGAGGUGUGUCUCCAGACCCAAAAUAUCCUUGAAAAUUGGUUUGCUCCUCUUCACUGUUGCCACCCACAUCAUCAAAUAGGUCAAUCCCAUCGUCAUCAUCAUCAUCAUCAUCGUUUUCCAAGCCUCUUUCCUCUCGCAUGCGUCUACGGUCUUCUUUUUGGUCUUCCUGGUCCAGAAAGGACGCCAUGUCGUUCAGCUUGAAAAAAUCAUCAUCCACUUCAGUCUUUUUUUGUCGAAUUGAGCUCAUGGCCUUGGCCAAAUAGUCA